AUGAACGCCAAUAGAUAUGGUUCAUCAGGCUACGGAUACGGCAGUGGCUAUAGCUCGGCAUACUCAUCACCAUACUCGCGGUUCGGUGGUGGUAUGGGCUCUAUGUAUGGUGGCUACGGAGGCAUGGGUGGAAUGGGUGGAAUGGGUGGCAUGUAUGGGGGCAUGGGUGGAAUGGGAGGAAUGGGGGGAAUGUAUGGCAAUCCGAACAACCCAAACAGCUUGACGCAAUCAUUCGGCAACAGUACGCAGGCGACCUUUCAGAUGAUUGAAAGCAUCGUCGGCGCCUUCGGUGGUUUUGCACAGAUGCUUGAGAGCACUUACAUGGCGACACACUCGUCAUUCUUCGCAAUGGUCUCGGUUGCUGAGCAGUUUGGGACCUUGCGGCAAACGUUAGGGUCUGUUUUGGGUAUCUUUACGCUCAUGCGAUGGAUUCGUGCUGGUCUUGCAAAAUUAACAGGUCGACCGCCACCAGCGUCGUCAAAAGAACUAACACCAUCGAACUUUGCGGCGUUUAACGGUCUAAGCCCGGAUGGAUCGCCUGCACCGCCACGACCGUCCCGGAAGCCGUUCAUCAUGUUUAUGCUAGCCAUUGUUGGCUUACCAUACCUGAUGGGCAAGUUGAUCAAGGCACUUGCAAAAUCGCAGGAGGAAGAAGAGAGGCGACGUAUGGAGGCAAACUCGCAGCUAGCUCCAAAUCAGCAGAUGGACCCAAGUAAACUUGACUUCUGCCGAGUCAUGUAUGAUUUCACUCCGGAUCCGAACGCGAACUCGAUUCACGGUGUUGAUCUUGCCGUCAAGCAAGGCGAUCUUGUCGCUGUGCUAAGCAAGACUGAUCAACUUGGCAAUCCUUCUGAGUGGUGGCGAUGUCGAGCACGAGAUGGUCGCAUGGGCUACCUCCCAAGCCCAUAUCUGGAGUCAAUCCAGAGACGACAGCCUCAGGCUCAAAUCACAACGGGCAGCGACAGUGGUAGCCCAGCCGGUAGUCGUGCGCAAACUUUGACUAGUACGAUCGCCAGCAGUCGCGCUGGUACCAUGACAGCGCAAGAGCCUGUUCUGGCUGGCAAGCCGCCACAGGUGUCUAGCAAAGCCGGAGAUAUCUCUGUUGAGAGUUUUCAAAAGGGACAGUUCUACUCAUAG